AUGCCCAAUGAUUGUUUCUCAGAUGUUUAUUCAGUACGGGGCAGACUUGGUGCCGCCGCGAUGCGAUGGCUGCGGCGUAGCGAGGCAGACGCAGCAGAAUGGGACAAGCGAAGUGCAGACGAAAAGCAUAGGAAGGCGUCAAGGGACAAAAGCAGGGUACCCCAUCACAGAGAUCUCGUCUCCUGCACAGCACUUGGUUGGUUGGCAGUGCAGUUUGCAGUCCAUGCCGGUCUAGACCUGGACUCUUCUGGCCAACAUUAUGCUUUCCCGAGGAUCAGGAUCGCCAUAUAUACGGUGCUGCGCAAGAGGAUUGCAGGGCCAAAGGCGCUUGCAGAGUUUCGGCUGAUGUGGCUCAAUGAUAGUUUCCUUUGA